GCAGCAGCUGGCAAUCGCGCGCGCGCGUUUGCGUGCGUGUCGGCGCAGUCGGGGACGGCCGUUCGCCCGCCGCUGGCGCGGCUUUUGUCACGAGUGACCGCGCGACCAACGGACGAUAAAAGGCGUACUGCGUGAGGCGAUAAGGGCGGGGAAGCGAAACUUCGAUAUGUGAUGUCUCCGAACGAGAUAGCAGCCCGAAUCGUCCGGGAGUACCGGACACUUCGCUCAACCGAUCAGCAGCGGUCCCACUGCGACGACGACGACGCGGCGCCGCAACGACGAUGCGUCGAACCUCGCUCGCGCUGCUGUCGGCCGUGCUGCUGUCAUUCGCCGCGGCCGUUUCGAUCACGAUCCCGACGGACGACUCUCGGCAUCCGAUCGUGGCGUCGAGCGUCGAAGACGCGUUCGCCCAGUACGUCGUCCGAUACAACAAGAGCUACGAACCCGGCAGCGCCGAGUACGACCGGCGGUUCGCCGCAUUCCGCGACAGCCUCGAUCGCAUCAGGAGCCGCAACGCCACGGACGACUCGGCGCGCUACGGGCUGACGCGAUUCUCGGACUUCACGCCGGACGAGUUCCGCCGCGACGUCCUGUCCUCGCCUCCGGCCGACCUCGACGACAUCGUUCGGCAGCUCUUCCCCGAUCUGACGCUUGGCGACGACAACGACAUAGGCCCGCUCCUUCUACAGCCUAUCACCCCGAAGAAGACCGCGGUGCGGGGUCAAUACCCGGACCACUUCGAUUGGCGCAACCGCAGUGCCGUGACGGCCGUCAAGAACCAGCUCAACUGCGGCGCUUGCUGGGCCAUCAGCACCGUCGAGAACGUCGAGAGCAUGUACGCCAUCGCGACGGGCCGGCUGGUCGAGUUCAGCGUCCAGCAGAUGGUGGACUGCUCCAACAACUCCAACCACGGCUGCAACGGGGGCGACACGUGCGCCGCGAUGCAGUGGCUCCGCGAAAACCGCAUCAAGCUGGUCACCGAGAGCGCGUACCCGUUCACCGCGUCCACCGGGAAAUGCCGACGUACCACAAGUGACGUCACCGCCGAGCUCGUCGACUACACCUGCGAGAGGCUCGUGGGCAACGAGGAGCGGAUGCUGGACCUCAUCGCCAACGUGGGACCUCUAGCCACAGCCGUGGACGCAACGGCGUGGCAGGAUUACUUGGGCGGUAUCAUCCGGUACCACUGCGAUGCGGGGAGGAACCACGCGGUGCAAGUGGUCGGGUACGACCUGAGGGGUGAGGUGCCGCACUACAUUGUCCGCAACUCUUGGGGCGCCCAAUACGGUCACGGCGGCUACUUGUACAUAGCCGUUGGGAAAAACCUCUGCGGCAUUGCAGAAGAGGUUUCGACGGUUACCGUCAAAAAGCCGUCGGGGUAGUAGAUCACCUAGCUGUCUCUCGCAAAUCAGUUCUGCGGUGACUGCAAAGUGUGGGAAGUUACAUGAAUUCAAGGGGGAAGUUUGCAUCCAUCUGAGAUAGCACUAAGGUACAAAGGAAACCUAUGUGGGUUUCUCAGAGAGGAAGCUUCGCAGUUGAAGACGUAUUCGUCCUUAUCUGUGGAUCGAACCCAAGACCAAUACCAUUUUGAGAUGGUCACUCUACCCCAGGGACCAGGAAAAAUUUUUUCUUCAACUGCAGAGCUUUCUUGUUGAAAAGACUUUCAUGCUACGCUCAUGUGAAUGACAAUCUUUCCCUUUCAGAUCAAAAAGCUGGCAGCAUAACUCGUCAAAAAAAGAACGUCAAACCACAUUCUUACACAGCCCAAAAUAACCUGCUGUAAGCAUAUGAUAGGCAUAUGAUGACGCUUCCGGUUCUGCUGGAUAGCUUGGACAAUACAAGAUAGACUAUGUUUUCUUACCUUUUAUAAAAUGCCUCAUGAACAAAUUAGUUGCUUUUCAAGUUCCCAAAGACAGUCAAAUGUACGCAUGACAGCCAUUGCCAUUCAGAAAGUAGGAAUAUUAACAUGCCUGUGAACAUUACAUUCUACCUACAGCAAGCACAAGGGACAAAACACAAAGUCUAUGGUACAUAAACACAGCACUGAUUUGCAACUAACAGGUUUACUGGUGCUACACAUGAUAUAAAUUACCAGUGCAGUUAAACCUUUAACUGCCAUGAGAAAUUUCAAAAAAUUGAUGAGAAGAGUGGAUUUUUUUAAACUUGAAUUUAUUUUGACAUUGUUUUCUAAAAAUACAAUACCACGAAUGCCUAUAGCACUUUUAGUACUCUAAUUGAAAAAUAUAGCAAAUGACAUUGGGAUGUAUUAUUUAUUUAUGUGUAAAAAUGACAAGGUAGUACAACCUUUGUCCUGACACAUUAAUAUGUCAUUGGUAGUUAAGGGGUUAAGGAAAAAAAAACAAAGGACAUGAACAAUAAAUGAAGAGUUACCAGUUUUCCUUCAAACCUUAUUUUUUUUCUUUUUUUUUUUUACUGGUAUUUAUAUCGUGUAGUGCCACUAAAUGUUAUAGCUGCGAGUCAGUGCUGUGUGCCAUAUUAUACUUUUGUGUGCUUCAUUCUUGCGUGUGCCGUAAAUAGAAGAUUGUUAAUCACCACGUCACCCUAGCCGUGAACAUUAUGCAGGGUUGGCGACAUCCACUGAAACAAUUGUUCUCCGAUACUUGCUGGCUUGAUGUAACAGCGAACAAAACUAAGUAGCAGCGGUUGUCUAGCUGCUGCAGCUAUAAAAGAAUGGGUUAGCAUGAUCAGGGACAAUUUUGACUGAGUGAGAUCAGUCGUGACAACACGUGUAAGUACAUGGCUAGAAAUAUUGAACAAUGGAACCCAUUCUGUGCGAUGGCUGCAAUGCAUAUAUUUCCCCUUAUCACCUGAUAAUGUUAUCGCAGCUGACCGGAGCAAGACGCCUUGCUGAUUUGGACUGUGACUGGCAGUUUGCUGUUUACUGUAAAUGUAGGUUUGCUCAGCACGUAAUAUAUGCAAUGAGUAACACUACAAGAAUGGGCACCAUGAACUAGUUUAGCGAUACAGGGCAGCCUUAGAUCAUGGAUUCUUGGGCUAGAACAAAAAGCGGGGCUGAAAGUGUGUCUCGUACCAGAUUUUGAAAAUUAUUCUCCAGGUCCCACCUCUUUGCCUCUCGUAAAUGGCUUGCACCUGCUUUUGUGAAACAUUUUUGCAUGGAUCGGGCCACUCGGUGCAAAGGAUCAAACAAAUGAACAGAAAUGAAGGGAUCAAAUCAUUACUAAAAUGUGCCUUCCGGUUGCCUUCUCUUCUCGGACUCCACGUCACACAAAUGGUCAUUAUUUUCGAGUAAGCCACCUGCAAAUGCUCAAUAUUAUUGCACAAGCCCAAAUAUAUACUCUUUUUUGAGCGAGAACUCUGUUCUUGUUUCGUGGGCAAAACAUAUCUAUGCUCAAAUACUGGCUCCCUCCUGUCAAACGGAGGAUAGUCAUUAAAGUGUGCCAAAGAUGUCUGUUUACCGAUGACCUCGCUUGAGGAUGUUUGAUAAAUACUAAGAGAGUGAUAAGAAAAUGUGUAAACUACAACGACGCUGCUGUUAAAAAUACAAAGCCUAGCCUUUACUGCUUUCUGUGCUUUUACUUUACACCAAUGUAUUGCUAUUCUUUUUAUCAUUGUUUACAAGUACUACACCCCACCCUUUCUUUUUUAUUUCCUGUAUCCUUGUUAUUGCUAGAUCAGCAUUGCCUUAUCACAGCAAGUCUUUCAUGUGAUGUGUAUGCAUAUUGCAUUGCCCCGGCUGAGUGCAUUCAUUGCAUUGGAGGGAGAUUGUUGGUAAAACAACCACAAAAUGUUUUUAAUUCUGAGGUGUGUACACCUCGUUGAACUUGUUUAUGUUAAUGUUUGCUAUUUCUAGCUGUUUACUAACUAUGUGAGUAAAUUCGAAGUUAGUGAAGAGUUGUGCAUCUAGACGCAACUGGUUGUUACUAUUGUCAAAAAACAAAGUCACUGGUGUGAAGGCAUUGUGUGCAAACUUUCUCACUAUAAUGAUGCAGUCACAUGGAUUAACAGUUUCUUACCUAGCUGGUGCAGUUUCUUAGAUGUAAGAGCUCGUUUUGAAGUGUGAAAUAACAAACCUCUUCAAAGACCCCUGAACAGGUCCGGACAUUUGAAUGAACAAAGCGUGUUGUACGCACAACUUUGCCUACUUACACGGUACAAAAUUCUUAAAAUUGCAUAAACAGUACGUAUUGCUGUAAGUGGGUUACCGUGAUACCAAUUAUGUUCACAGGAACAACAGCAGUGGCAGCAACACUUUGUAAAAUGUAAUUUUUUGCCUAAACGUUUUAUGUUGGAAACAUCCUUGCAUCGAACGAUUCCUCUUGCCGAAAAAACAAGCCACAACAUCUCAUUGAACUUUUAUGUUACUGCCACUCUUAUAUACCAGCAGAUAAGUAGGACAUGUGAAUGUUGAGCAAACUUUCAGAGAAAAGGAAAAAAAGUUUCGCACGCAAUGGUUGAACACAGCUUCACCAAUUGUCGCCACAAACGCCGUUGUCUCCAUCUGCACCUCUGGAAUCAUAGUGAUGUAGUAGCGGUUUUGUGCGUUUGUCAGACAUUGUCUGUUAUUAACUUGAUACAUCACAGGAAACCUGUUAAUUAAAGCAAAAGCCAGUGCUUUCUACCCGACAGCUGUGCUGAUCCCUUCAGUCAUCACAUCAACAUAAAGAUUGCCAUGCAUUUGCACUGGGUGUACUUCAUCAUCAGCUGCAAGAAAUUCUAUGGCAGCUCACAAUGCUAGCAGAAAUGCUAAGCCAUUACAGAACCAACACAGAGCCAUCAUGGCUGGGAGAGUUGGUGCAUAGAGUUUCUUCAAAAAUGGGUUGGUGCACUGUGAUAAAAUACAACAAGGAAUUGCAAACCUGUUAUACGAGACUCUUGUGCAUGCUUCCAAAAAUGUAGUUUAUGAGUACGUUUGCGCGAAAACACUUGCCAUAUGCAAGGGGAGAGCACACAGAAAAAUUUUAAUUGCUUUGAACACCUGCAGCUCUGUGGUUGCGUGCACCUUUUCAAAGAAAUCUUGCAGCAGAACAUUCUGAAUAGAGUGCCUUACAGCUGCCAGUUAAAAACAAGCUUUUCGCUCAACAUGUGCUUUGGGACCCCCCUUAUGGCUCGGACAAAGUGUCCCACUUGUAAAACAGUCCGUCCUUGUCUUCAGGGUGUCAGUUAUAUAAUAUAUUUGAGAGCAGGUUUGCAUGUUUGAGCGUUUUGCCUGCUGGCUCAUAUAUAAGAGGAAGGAAACAGAAUUGAGUACAAUGCCCUUUAAAUCUUAUGCCUGCCUUACGUAGGUCAUUUUCAGUUCAAAUAUAUUGUGCUUGUUAACCAAUGGGUGAAACCAGUUCCUUUGGAAGUGUUAAUUAAACAGAGAAAAAAGAGUGUUUUAUAUACAUGCUUGAGCAAGGAAAGCCUGACAGGACAUAUAGAUGUGAUUGUUGUACUGUUCAGCAAUGUGCUGUGUGAGUUUUGCAUGUCACAGCUUUGAAGUAUAUGACAAUUUCUACCUUACAUUCACCCCCAUAUUCACGACGUUGCAGGGUUUGACAUAAUAGUUCAGCGGAUGCCCGCUAGGUGAAGACAAGUUAUUAAAUGGAAAAUGAGAUAUCCACCCAAUCGUAGCACUUGCUACAAAGGAAACCCAGACGGGUUCCUCAAAAGAAAAGCCUUGCAGUUGUUGAUAAAUUCGACUUCGCCACAUGUUCACUCAACUCUCUUCCUCCUGCCUUGUUCGCUGCGAGAUUCAGUGCUACAGCGCUAUUAUUAUUAUAGAUUUUACUUUAUGCAGACUUACAUAAUGCAGAAGUCUGCAUUAAAUUAUUACCGUUAAGAUGUUUUUUUUUUUUUUUUUCACCAGUGCUUGCAGUAAAAUCAAACAAUCGAGUGGAACCUUACUGUUGGUCAUAAACUUUCUCCCACAACUGUGCCUAGCGGACAUUUACAUCUGUUAGGCCAUAAGACAGAACUCAUUGCACAAUAUAAUGGGAGUGCGAGUUAAAUUAAUAUUGCCAGCCAACCUUAUCCCGGAGUGAAUGGUUUUGUCCUGUCGCAUGGCAUUAGACUGGUGGUUUUGCAGCGAAAUCUGUGUACCUUAACUUUGCGCGUGGCCACACAAAAAUACUCAACAACUCUGGAGUUGGUCGAUUCUAAUCAAACAGUAAUAAUAAAAGAACAAUGAAGUUAUGGCUGGAUUAUUAGUCGAACCUUGACAUAGAAAACGGACGUAAUGAAGCAGAUAUAUGAUAUAAUGCAUGUAUUUUCAUGUCAGAUGGCAGCAAGGUUUUAUAAUGACUUUCGACUGUAUAGCACUUCAGGACUUGCAAAUAGGUCACCCUUAUAGUGAGGGAAGUGUACACUUUCAGAAGGGAAGCAAAAAUGAAAGAUAGGGCAGUGACACAGCCUUGAAAUUCUCACACCAACUUUCCAUGACAUUGUACAUUUUGGCAGUGUCUGCUUGAGGCUGGUUAACUGUUUGCUGAUAAAAAGCAUAACUAUGCUGUGUUAAAAAAUAAACGAAAGGAAACUCAGACUGACACAACCUUUGUGGACUUUCCUUGCACAAGAAUUAAGGCCUCAAAUGUGUCAGAGUACUGCGAGAUGUGUGACGCCGCCUCAAUGAUAAGCUUUGCCUUCACUUUGUCCGCUAAUACAGUCGAACCUGGAUAUAGCGAAUCUGAAGGUGAUCAAAAAAAGCUCGAUAUAUAGGCAAUUCUAUAUAUAAAAUAAAAAUUCUAUAAAAAAUUUUGAAGUCAUCUUUUACUGCUGUUCAUUAUACACAAUUAUUCGUUUUAUGUGGGUUCGAUAUAUCCAGAUUCGACCGUAAUAUUGUUCCUCCAGAGAGUAGCAAGUAGAUUUUUUUUCAAGUUAACCUACCAGUCGUGACUUGUUUUAUUGUUUCCAUUUAUAGCCAUCCCUUUACAUAUUGGCCACCUGAAGGAGGUUUCCAGACAAAUAAACGUUGGGCUGGAGCGCACGUGGUGGUUGCUCUCAAUUAAUCAUAAAUGGCAGACUAUCGGCAUCCUUGAAAAGGAAAUCGUAAUCAGAGUAUUUUUCUAGCACCUACCCCUGGAGCCAGAACUUUGAGGGUAACGGAGGAAAUUUGAGAAGAUGCGAAGGACCGUACAACGAGCAAUGGAACAGAAAAUGGUAGACAUAACCUUAAAAAUACAGCGUCUAUGGCAUACACUGGUCACCUUUUGUGGCUGUGUCCUGAUAGUCUGAAUAUUAGGCCAAACUAAAGCCGAAUGUUCUCGAUGACCUUACCCGUUGUAUUACGGACAACAAAUGCGCUAACUCAUUGCUGCAGUACCUGCAUCACACAGGGCUGCGUGCGUUUAUAUGAUGUCCUUUUGUUCAUUUUACAACUUACGCAUUGCAGCAAAUCCACCAAAAUCAAAACAAAGAAAGAUGUCUGUGUGGAUUAGGGAGCAGAAGGGUACAGCUGAUAUUCCAGGAGAAAUUAAGAUGAACAAAUAAAGUGUAGUGGAUGUAACGUGUAAAGCAGAUAACCAGUGGAAAGAGAAAUACACUUGAGGAUGCCAGAGACUUAAGUGGUAUGAUAAGAUAAGGACAUUUAGAGGCACAGGAUGCAGUCAACUGAUGCUAGACAAAAGAUAAUUGGAGACUGCUGGGAGAGAGCUUCGUCCUGAAGUAGACAGGAAAUGACGAUGAUUUAACACUGUUGUUGCCAAGCCAUGCAAUGACACUGUCCGGGUCAUUGGUCAUCGUGUCGCUGUAACGUCCUCAGCCUGUGGCAUAGCGCGACCUGAGACACGGAAUAAAGAUUGACGAACGCGGGUGUCCGCAUUCAUUGAUGCUUAGCCCCCGUCUCAUGUCGUGCUUUAUCACAAGCUAUGAUGGAACUCUGUCUAGCCCGCUCUCAUAUCCUUUCACAGCAACCAGCCAUGUGCAGUGCUCACGUAAAUUGCAGAUGCGCAACAAUAAGUCUCAUGUGGCAAUACGUCUCGCCAAGUUCGCUGCCAUUCUUUUUUUGGAGCCUCCACUGCACGACAGAUCAAAACUUGACAUGCGUCCACUGCGGAGUGACCGUGCCAUGACGUGUGACCACAUGCAGAAGAUGAGAAAUCGGUUCUGCGGAAGUGUGCCAGGUGGAGGAAGAGAAAAAUGGUCACCCACCCAAGUUAACUCGAAGCCACUAGGGAAGUCAAAUACGGGUUUCUCGGAAAGAAAGCUUUGCAGUUGAAGAAAAUUUUGUCCUGGUCCAAGCAUUGAACCAGGGAUGAAUGCCUUUCCGGUGAACACAGAGUAAACACACAGGGUUCACUGGCAGGCUGCAUGCUUAAUGCUGCAUGACUGGCACAAAUGACCAAUGACUCGGACAGUGUCAUUGCAUGGCAUGGAAACAACCGUGGUAAUCAUCAUCAUUUCGUGUCGAUUUCAGGACAAAGCUCUCUCCUAGCAAUCUUCAACUGUCUUCUGUCUAGGAUCAAUUGACUCCAUCCUGUGCCUCCAAAUGUCCUUAUCUUAUCGUACCGCUUAAGCCUCCGCCAUCCUCGAGUGUACUUGUCUUUCCACCGGCUAUCUGCUUUGCACUUUGCAUCCACUACACUUUAUUUAUUCUUAAUUUCAACUGGAGCAUCAGCUGUACCCGUCUGCUCUCUAAUCCACACUGCCAUCUUUUUUCACACAGCAAAAAUGUUUAAGGACACAAACAUCGAAAAAUUUAUUUUCUGGCUGGUCUUAAACUCAUUCCCAAAACAGUGGAACCUCCACUGCAAAGUCAGCUGGAGAAGUUUUCGCCACUCUUCGGGCAAAGGUGGGCUCACUUUUAGCUGACUCACCGUUAGCACAAUGCUCAUUUCUUUGCUCAUGUAAACACACUACCGCACAAAGCCUUUAAACAUGGGUCUGCUCAGAAAGGCCAAUGCUCAAAAGUCGUUGGCCCAAAGAACAUUUCGAUGUGCUGGCUAUAUUUUUUGUGUGAAAUUUUCGACUAAUGUUAUGACUGGUUGUUCUGACAUGUAGUAUCCUGGCAAUAAAAUAAAGUGCCUUUA